CAGUUGCCACCUGAGAUGUUGCCGCACAGACGCUAUGGGCCAUGUGAGGGACCACCACCCCGCUGUAACCUGCAAACCUGGGUUAGGCAGGACGAAGCAGAGGCGGAGGGAGGUUGUGGCGCAUGCGCAGCAAGGGGAACGUCGCUGGGAGCGGCCCCCGCUGGUCGUAAAGACCCGACGCAGAGUCGGAAGGCGACAGCUCAAGGCCGCUUCCGGAGUCCAGGUGGUGUUCCAUCUUUGAUAGGUGGUCUUUUCGUUGGAUUUUUGGCUGGUUAUGGAGCUUACCGUGUCUCCAAUGACAAGCGAGAUGUAAAACUGUCACUGUUUGCAGCUUUCUUCCUGGCCACCAUAAUGGGUGUGAGAUUUAAGAGGUCAAAGAAAAUAAUGCCCGCUGGCCUGGUUGCAGGUUUAAGCCUCAUGAUGAUCCUGAGACUCGUCUUACUGCUGCUCUGAGCACCCGGAGGAAUGGAAACUAAAUUCAUGCCAUCGUACUGUAAUGAGGAGAGCGUACUCUUUGUAUUUAAAAGAUAAACUUCAACAUGGAAUGUUGUACCUUAUGUUAGAAACAAAAGUAAUAACACUGGCGCCUCUAGUAUAAACACUAGCUUGAGUGUUUUUUUCCCAAUGAAAACUUUUUUCUAAUUAUCAAGCACUGCUUUCGUUAAAGGUGUUUAAUGAAUAGCAACAUAUUCUUUUGUUUACUGUAUCUAUUUUUAUAUGUGCUAUUUUUUGAUGAUUGCGAAUAUUCAUGUCUCAAGUAGGUUUAAAUUAAAUGACAGCUUAUCAGAUAAAGGAAUUCCUUAAAUGGAUUUCACAGAAUGAUAAUGUAUCUGCCUAUCAUUUUUUGUUAUGUUAGAAAUUGUAUUUUUUCCAUUUUAAUUGUGUUGGUGCCAUUAAUUUUUUUUUUCUUUAGAAAAUUCUAUUCUCAGAACACUUUGUCCUAACAGAAUAUAUUCAGUAUUCAAAUAAAGGAUAUCUUGUUUUAAA